AUGCUCUCCUCCAAUCUCUUCUACAAAGCUAUCCCACUCUGGCAAUUCGCAGCCAAAAGUGCUACCAGUCUUCUGCCGCGAACUGCCACACUCUCAUCCCGGACAAGUUUGCGACGUCAAUUAUUUGUCCCACGAAAGACGUCCGUCAUGGCUACUCCGUUCUCAACCCAGAUGCCUACCAAAAAGGACACUUUAGCAGCAAGGCCAUCCCAAGAAUUCGACUCUGAGAUCAAUGACAUGGCUUCCUACAUUCACAAUUACAAGAUAGACUCGGACCUUGCCCUGGACACGGCACGCUUCGUCUUCCUCGAUACUCUUGGCUGUGGUCUCGAAGCCCUCCGUUUUAAAGCAUGUACCAAGUUACUUGGUCCAAUUGUUGAAGGAACAGUAGUGCCCAAUGGCACCAGAGUACCGGGCACACCUUACCAACUCGACCCUGUCAACGGGGCUUUCAAUAUUGGAGCUAUGAUUCGAUGGCUCGACUACAAUGACUGCUGGCUAGCGGCAGAAUGGGGUCACCCAUCGGACAACCUCGGUGGCAUCCUAGCAGUCGCAGAUUGGAUCAAUCGAACUAACCGGGCAGGAGGAAACCUAGGCAAUGGCAAAAUCUUUACCGUCCACGACGUGCUGGAAGGCAUGAUCAAAGCCCACGAAAUUCAAGGCUGCCUCGCCCUCGAAAACUCCUUCAACAAAGUUGGCCUUGACCACGUCGUCCUGGUCAAGGUGGCAACCGCAGCCGUCGUCUCCAAAAUGCUAGGUCUAACCGAAGCACAGACUCGAGAUUGCAUUUCCCAAGCCUGGGUCGAUGGGCAAUCCCUCCGCACCUACCGCCAUAGCCCCAACACCAUGUCUCGAAAAUCCUGGGCCGCCGGCGACGCCUGCCAACGAGCCGUCAACCUCGCCCUGAAAGUCUCUAAGGGAGAACCGGGUGUCCCGACCGUCCUAUCCGCCCCGAUUUGGGGCUUCUACGACGUGCUCUUCCAAGGUCGUAAAUUCGAAUUCCAACGGCGCUAUUCUAGCUACGUGAUGGAGAACGUUCUCUUCAAGGUGUCUUACCCGGCAGAGUUCCACUCUCAAACCGCCAUUGAAGCUGCCCAGAAGAUCUAUGCGCAGCUAAAAGGCAUCGGGAAGAGCGCAGAAGACAUAAAGGAGAUCACAAUCCGCACGCACGAGGCGUGUAUAAGGAUCAUCGACAAGCAAUUCAAAGCCAUGGACAACUUCGCUGAUCGAGAUCACUGCAUCCAAUAUAUGGUAUCUGUCAUGCUCGUCUUCAAUCGACUCGAAGCGACGGAUUACACUGAUGGCAGUGAAGCCGCAGAAUCAGCACUCAUUGAAUCCCUCCGAAAACGCAUAAAAUGCGUGGAAGACCCACAAUUCACGCAGGACUACCACGACCCGAGUCUACGAACGAUAGCCAAUGCAUUGACGGUGACGCUGAACGAUGGGAGCUCGUUGCCAGAAGUUAUAGUUGAGGCGCCACUUGGGCAUAAGCUGCGAAGGGAGGAGGCCAAGCCGGAGAUCCUUGCCAAGUAUCAGAGGCAUCUGAGGCCGCAUUAUUCAGAGGAGAAGGUUACGGAGUUGGUCAAAUUGGGUUUAGAUGCUAAGAGGUUGGAGGCGAUGGAGAUAGACCAGUAUGUGGAUUUGUAUGUGAAAGAUACGAUGGACUGGCUGUAA